CGCUGAACUCAGCUGACGCGUCGAUUGCUUUUUGUAUGAGACGUCGUAGAAGAGGAAGACGAGAAAUCGCGUUCGUUGCCUAAGUCAUUUCGAUUUUCACUUUUAACUGUUUCGAAGAGCGCGCGCGCGCGCGUUGUGCUUAAACCGUUACCGUUAGACGCAGCACGUUACGAUUAUCUGCUAGUGAGUGUAGAGAGACUCGCACACAUACGAUAUCAGUUUUUGUGGCUGUUGCAACUAACGACGGAUUAAACUGCAAUCAAGUGAAAGCGCCACGAAACUCAUCAUUGAAACAUACAAGAAAGCAUCCCAAGUAGAACUAGAACUAGCUUGUCAUCGCCUCGCACCACUGACCCAACAGCCAAGACCAAGGCCGACCGAAAUCAAAGCUUAUUUUCUUUUUUGGCCAACAACAAACAACGAAACAACGCGAUCAUGAAUUAUCAGAAGGCCAGUGAAACGCAUUCGCCGUCCCCGUUCAAGAAGCCGAAACGGCCCGCUGGCAGCAAAAACAACAGCAACAACAGCAACAGCAACAAGAAGAACAGCAGCAUCAAAGGCAACGGGAACGGGAACGGCAUACAAAACUUUUGGAACGAACGCAUCAUGGAGCGCUUUAUAAAGGCGAAUCUAUUCAUUAUCUGCUGCGUGGCAGCAGGCCUGUUGCUGAUUGUCUACCUGGGCGCUUUUUCGUGUGAGGUCUCUUGGCUGCUGGAGGCGCAUGGCGAGCUGCCCUUUGCCGCCUAUACGCUAUGCACACUGUACUUUGUGAUGUUUGUGGCCACGACCAUUCUCAUUCAUGGCCUCGUGAGUGGGCUCUGCUGGCCUCUAUUUGCCUGGUCGGCUGUCAUUGGCUUGCUGUCCAUACCGGAACUGGUGCUAGUGAUGCUAAUGACCACACAGCAUUGGGGUCUGCAGUCGGUGCAUGGCUUAACGGAGCUAACCUCCUACUUGAUAAGGCUCAUCAUCAACUGCCUGGCUUUGAUCUGCGUCAUUCCCACCGGCAUUAAGUGGCGUCGCGAGACGCAGGUGCUGAAUCAGCUGCAAGGUCUAGCGACUCGUCUCUCGCUGCAAACCCCAGCGCCCAGUGUGCCCAUGACCAAGGCGGACUCGAGGCGUUCCAGCCAGCGUCUGAGCGGCUUCGAGAAUGCGGGCUAUCAGCUGUGCGAUGAGACGAAGUUGCCCUUGGGCAACGGAGCGGGAUCUAAUCAGCUGUUCGGCUCGCAAAACGAGUUCAAUGCCAGCAUGUUUGCACCUCAGCAAUACGUGCCUGGCCAGAGGAGCAGCUCGAAUCCGGGACAUCGUGCGCAAUCGCUGAUGGACUUGCGCUGCACGCUGCCCGGCAUGUACAAUCCGCGUCAUGUGCUGGACACGGAGGACAAGAAUGCCAAGUACUUCAAUAUAACCAUAGAUGAUCUGAAGCACAAUUUGCAGGAUUCGCAUCGUCCGUCGCCGCCUUCGCUGAUUGGCUCCGCCAGCAAUGAUCCCAUCUACUGUUCCAUAGAGCCCAAGCAGCUGACGCCGCCACCUGCUUCGCAGCAGCAGCAGCAGCGACAUGGCCAACAGAAGAAGCUGGCUCGGAACUGCAUCUCACUCGAGAAUCUCGAUGGCAUUAGCAAGGUGCAGAACGAUCUAGCUACCUACGGCAACAACCUGUUGCAGAACUACACGCAGCAGCAGCAAUACUAUUUGGCCAUGCUGCUGCAGCAGCAGCAGCAACAGGCAGCUGCGGCAGCCGCAUCCAAUCUCUAUCGCCGCCCCUCGGCCUGCAGCGUAACGGGCAGCUGCACAAUGCUUGGACAGCAGCGACGCGGCUCACAUCAUCUGCAGCAGCAGCAGCAGCUGCACCAACAGCAUCUGCAGUACUAUGGCGGCUUCGGCUAUGCCAACUAUGCCAAUCCCUACAUCACAGCCAACAGCAAAUUGUCUCUGGGCAAUGAGUCCGAUGACUAUCGCAAGUAUCGAGAUGUGGCUCUUUAGUAGAGCUUUGCACUGAGCUCCAGUCAUACAUACACACACACACAUAUAUAUAUAUGUAUAUGUAU